AUGCCUCGACCAAAGCCCAAGAACGCAUUCAAGGAGGAAUCCUCCAUUCCUCUCUCGCUAGAAACACAUUGGUUCAUCGGCGAGAAGCCAAAGUUCCCUUAUCCGGCGCUGCGAGAGCUAGGCACGAUCCUAAACGCCGAUUAUCAAUGGGAAUCAAUAGAUAGCGCCGCCCUAGACGGCAGUAUGGACCACAUCUUCAUCGGUGCAGUGAUAUGGGAGGACGAGGGCAGUGAUAUCCAUGCUACCAGCGACGUCAUCACCAAGAUCCGCGUCCGUUGGAAUUCAAGGGACGUCAACCGCACGAUGAGCGGGGAGGUGAAAAACAUAUACACGGGUCCACAGCUGCAGGAGGAAACUGGCCACACGACAGACGGGCCGGGGAAGAAGAUAACGGGAGAGCAGCUCUCGCUGGCCGCGGACUGGUAUGGUGGAUAUAUACUUGCAUACUGCAAGGGCCGGAUCGGCCUGCAUGUAGGAGACGGCGAGUGCUGGACUCUAGCCUACCGAGCACUCGAGGAAGCUGGCCGACAGGCACUGCGGAAAGACGGUCGCGAACCACCCUUGUUGAGUACCGGUCGAGUCCACGGCCACCUCAUAUUCGAAUGGCAUGCGUCGCCAGAGUAUCCCGUCACCGUUGCCAGCGGCAUCAUGCAGCAUGUUCCUGCCGCCCCAAUAAGAGCGGGGGAUAUCCUGGAGCUAGCGGACGGUCGGUUUCGAGCCAUCAACCUGGCCCUGUCGGGCCUUGUGAAGCAGGAGGAAAACGUCCGGUUCAAAGCCCACACGGCUGUCAUCACGGCGCUAGAGGACUGUACGCUCAAAGUCAUAGAGCAAAACGGUCGCAUCAAGUCCAUCGUCGCGGAGAACGAGUAUAACCUCAGAAACAUGGUAGGUGGAGCGGUGCGAAUCUACCGUCCGCUAGGCGUCUCGCUCGUCUCUGUCUCCGCCGGCCGUCGCGAUGUUUCUGCUUCCCUUUCUGGCGUCUGCGAUAAAUGGUGA